AUGAAGAACAAGGGAAAGAAGGUUGGAGAAGGUGAGCAAUCCCAUCAUCACAAAGAGAAAAAGAAUAAAGAAAAGAAGGAGGAUGAAAAAGAUGAGGAGGCCAAGCUAAGGAAGAGGAAAGAGAAGGAAGAAAGGAAAGAGCGCAGGCAUGAGGAAAGGCGCCUGAAGAAGGAAGAAGAAAAGAAGAAGAAGGCUGCAAGCCCAGAGAUGGAUGGUGAAUCCACCUCCGUGAGGGAGGAUAGGGGGGAACCAGUGCAACUUAGGGAGCCGGUGCAACCUAAAACAACGCAAUUGGUUGCGACCAACGAAGGCAAAGAAGGAGAAGAUACCCCCCUGAUGCGGCGUCGCAAGGAGAAUGUGCCGCAAAUGUCUACCGUUGACCCUUCAAUUUUGAUCAACGCAUUUGAAGAAGAAGAAAUGAGGAGAAAGGAAGAGGAAGAAAGGUAG